AUGAGCCAAUUAGAUAAAUCGCGUCAAAAUACAUUCAUUUCCGAAAACCCGGAAUUAGUUGACGCAAUAGAAGCUACGUUCAACACGAAUUCGUAUUCUGUUGAAGAAGGCGGCUUGAAUUUAAAUUUUAACUCGUUUGAAAAAACAGAAAAUCGUGAUGCGUAUUGUAACUUUGACAUUCUUUCAACACCCAAACUAUCUCGAACUACAAAAAAAAAUUUUUCUCCUCUUCAACACGAACGGCUAAAAUUUGAACCUAAAACGCCGUCGAUCUUAAAAACUUUUAAUGUUGAAAUAUCGGAAAUUGAAUUACAGAACUUAUUGCAACUUGAUCCCGAAGAAAUUAAGUCGUAUUUUCCCAUCACUUUUAAAAAUAAAAUUAUCGAACUGAAGUCGAGAAGCACUAACGACCAAAAGGCGAAUGACCCUAUUAAUGUGGGUAUUUUACUAUCCGGAGGGCCGGCUCCUGCGGGUCACAACGUUAUCACCGGUUUAUAUGAUCUUUUAAAACAGUAUAAUGACAAAUCAAAAUUAAUUGGAUUCAAAAGUGGACUUGACGGUUUGUUAAAAGAAAAUUUCAUUAUAAUAAAUGACGAAAAUAUAGAAGGUUUUAGAAAUUCUGGAGGAUUUGACUUUUUGUGGAGUGGAAGAGCAAAAGUAAACGCGUCGAACAAGCAACAAAUCCUUGACACGCUUGAAAAAUUCAAUCUGUCGGGACUGGUAAUUGUCGGUGGAGAUGGAUCGAAUUCAAACGCUGCUAUUUUAGCAGAAUGGUGCGCUUCGGAUCCAAUUUGCAAAUGCAAUAUUAUCGGGAUUCCAAAAACAAUUGAUGGAGAUUUAAAGAAUGAAGCUAUUGAAAUAUCAUUUGGUUUCGACACAGCUUCUAAAACUUACUCAGAACUAGUUGGAAACCUUUGUACUGACGUAAGAUCUGGCCAAGGUGUAUGGCAUUUCAUUCGGAUAAUGGGUAGAACUGCUAGUCAUUUAACUCUUGAAACAGCGUUACAAACACAUCCAAACCUUAUUUUCAUUGGAGAAGAAAUUGAAGAAGGCAAGGUUACGUUAAAAGAUAUUACGUUGACAAUUGCCGAUCUAAUUGAAGAACGGACCAAAAUUGGAAAACCAUAUGGAAUUAUUUUAAUUAGCGAAGGAUUAAUUGGAUUCAUAAAUGAAGUAAAUAUUUUGCUUGAAGAACUUACUGUUCUACUUGGAAAAUAUCUCAAAGUAGAUAUUGAAAAGCUGUCAGAACCGUCGAAAACGUUAUGGCAGUUUUUACCAAUUGAAAUCCAAGAACAACUAUUAGGCGAUCGAGAAGCUAGCGGUUAUGUACAGGUAGCUAAAAUAGCAACGGAAAGACUUUUAAUAGAACUUGUUAACAAAGAGCUUAUCAAGCGAAAAAUCAGUUGGAAUUCUACCCAUCAUUAUUUUGGAUAUGAAGGACGAUGUGCUAUACCAUCAAACUUCGACUGUAACUACUGCUACAGUUUAGGGCAUCUGUCACUACAUUUAAUUUUAAAGAAUCUAAACGGUUACCUUGCCUGUAUUAAAAAUUUACAUGACAAGCUAGAAAAUUGGAAACCAUUGGGGAUCCCAUUUCCACGCAUCAUGCAUAUGAUAACAAUUCAAGGAAACCGAAUUCCAGGAAUAAUAAGGCACCUUGUCGAUACUAAAAGCGAACUUUACCGCUUGUUCAAAACUGCUCGAAAAGUCUGGCGAUUGAAUGAUCUUUAUGUAUCACCUGGCCCAAUACAGUUCAAUGGACCCUUGUGUGACGAAACAUGUUACUACGUGUCUAAUCCAACGUUAGCAGAUUUGCUUUGCGAUGAAUCGGUUCAUAAUAAAAGCCAAGACCUAGCUUUUGCUAAAUCUAUGAAAUAUACAUACAGCAAACUACAAUCUUUAAGACUCAAAUACAAACCUGAGUUACCUAGAAUAUUGCAAGAACCUAAUUUGGCUUUUCUAAAGUCUACGCAAUACACGAUCAAAGACAGUUAUAUACGGAAAAUGGUCUUCAAACACUAUGCAAAUUUGUGCAUAGAAAACAAAUUCUACUUAUACGAGCUCAAUAAAAAAGAGGAAAAAAUUCACAGGUCAGACUUCCGCGUCGGAAUUGUUAUAUUAUCCAGGCAAUCUCCUGGAAUUCACAAUAUAAUAUGGGGCGCGUUUGAUUACAUAAUGAAAAAGAAAGGUACUUUGUAUGGUUUUAAGUUUGGAUCUCACGGCUUGCUUAAUAAUGACUACACAAUAUUGAAUGAAAACAUUAUUAAAAAAUUCCGAAAUUUAGGAGGAGCUGAUUUAAUUGGUCGAACUAACGAACAUAUUAUUUUUCAAGAUAUGUUCACGGAAAAAAUAUGCUCAAACCUUAAAAAACUCGAGCUAUCAGGGUUAAUCAUUGUAGGAUCCUCGUUGGCGAUGACUGAAGCUGCUUACUUAGCUGAACAAUUGAGCUCAAUCAAAGCCAGAUGUUCAAUUGUAGGGAUUGCGGCAACAGCUAGCAAUAAUAUAACACACGAACUUCUUGAAUGCAAUAUAGGUUUCAAUACGGCUUCCAAGCUUUAUGCCUCGUUAAUAGGAAAUGUUUUAGCAGAUGCUGCUUCGAUGCCUAAAUACUGGCAUUUUGUCAGACUCAUGGGAAAGCGUCCAAGUAAUGAGGUUUUAGAAUGUGCACUUCAAACAAAACCCAAUUUUGUGGUUAUUUCUGAAGAAUAUGGUUCCAGCCAAAAAACAAUUAACGACGUUGUUCAAGACAUCGCCGACACUAUUUGUGUCAGAUCUAAUCCAACAAAUGAGUCUGAGUCUCCAAGAAAUUUCGGAACAAUUUUAAUUCCAGACGGUUUGUGGUAUCAUUUGCCGACAAUGAAGUUGCUCAUGGAGGAAAUAGACAAUAUCUGUUUGAAUCCAGAAUCCUCGCUUCUUGUAAGAGAUCCAGAAUUACGAGAAUCGUUUGUGGAAACCGAUGUUUUGCUUUCUGAGAUGGUAAAACACGAGUUGAACAAACGAGCUAAACUAGGAAAAUACACGGGAACUUUUCAAUGUAUAUGUCACUACUUCGGUUAUCAAGGCCGCUCAGCUAUGCCCACAAAUUUUGACUGUUCGCUCGCAUAUACCAACGGGUAUGCCGCGUCUAUCGCCGUUGAAAAUUCGUUAAACGGAUAUUUGAUUUCGGUUCGAGGCUUAUGCGGGCCGAUUUCUGACUGGAACAUCGGUGCUAUUCCGUUCAAUUCUAUACUGCGCGUAUCGAGCACACAGCAACCCUUAAACUUUUUGUCGGACAGCUACAACUCUAAAGACAACUAUGAGAAACCCAUUGUAAACAACGCUGAAAUCCCGCUAGAUAGUAAAGCCCUACGCAAACUAAAGCUCAAUCGUCGCAAAUGGAUCAAUAUCGAUCAUUAUCAAAACCCAGGACCCAUUCAAUUUUGGGGAAAACUCAACUUACAAAUUCACAGAGUUCUUUUUGAAGAGCAAAAAGACUACUAUUUCAUGUUAAAAGACGUUUACAAAUUUACUAAUCUAUUAAGGAAAUCUACCGACUUCGGGGUAGACGAAGCAUUUUUAAAAUAUGCUUACACGAGUUUGUACAGUCUGCUUUCUUUGCGGUAUCAUGAAAACGACUUAACCAAACACAUAAACUCGAAGAAGUUUUUUGAAUCUAUCGAAGACACAGCAUACAGCAAAGAAUUUGACGCCAAUUAG